AUGAAUGUCACCCCAUUGAAGACCCAAAUGCUCCACCAAUCUUUGACAGUGGAAGAGAAUGAUAUUGAUUAUGAAGAUAUUUUCAAGACAUACAAAGUUGGAGAUGAAAGCAGUGAUUCAAGCAGUAGUGAAGAAGACAAUGAAGAAGUUUCUAAUAAUGACAAGAAUAAUGAUAAGGAUAAUGAUGGUCCUGAAGUAAAUGAUGAUAAAUAUUCCAAACCAAAGCUUGAUUACCAGAAGUGGAAAGAAAUCUUCAAUAUGCACAGUGAUGAAGAAGAAGAACCAUUAUUCCCUGUAGAAGAAGAGGUGACUCCUGUUGAUCCUACUAAGAUGGAGGUAAAGUAUUCUUUUAAUAACAAGAGUGCUUAUAAGAAACAUCUUAGGGGUUACUGUGUAAAACAUAAUUAUCAGUAUACCGUCUAUAAGAGUGACAAAACAAGAUUAAGAGUGAGAUGUAGGUUUAGGGAAGAGUAUGGCUGUAACUGGUUUGUAAAUGCUAGCAUAAAAAGGAAUGAGCCUACUUUUAUUGUUAGGAAGGUUAAUCUAGAACACACUUGUGUUGCGGAUCCAAAGAGUUUUAACAGAUCCCCGGAUCCUGAGUUCGUAAAAGAUGUGGUACAUGAGAAGUUAAAGCAGCCAGCUGGGGCCUUAAUUCCAAAGCCUAAACACAUUGCAAGAGACUUUUUUGUAACUCAUAACAUCAAUAUACCUUAUAUUUGUGCAUGGAAGGCUAGAAAUCUUCUUUUAGAAGAUCUGUUUGGUAAUUAUGAAGACAGCUACAAGGAUGUACCCAUCUUUUGUGCAAUGGUGGAUCAUACUAAUCCAGGUUCUGUUGCUAAAUACACUUAUGGGAAAAGAGAUAAGACAUUCAUGAGCAUGACUAUUUCAUUUGCUGCACCAAUGAGAGGAUUUCAGAAAGCUUGCAGGGGAUUCAUAGGUUUAGAUGCAUGCCAUCUAACUGGCAAGCGUGGUGGUGUUCUAAUGGCUGCAACAACAAUUGAUGGUCAGAAUUCUCUGGUGCCUUUAGGCAUUAAGGUGGCUAAGAGUGAAACCAAGGAGAGCUGGACUGGGUUCCUCAAGGAUUUGGCUCCAGCAAUCAAUGCACAUCAUGCUGGCAGAAUUACCUUUAUUUAUGAUAGGCAAAAAGGGUUGUUGGAAUCUGUUCCAAAGGUUUUCCCUGGUGCAAGAGUUAGAUAUUGCUUCAGGCACUUGUACAAGAACUUCAAGAAGUACCACAAGGCACCAACCUUGCACAACUUAUUGUGGAAUGCAUGCGCAAAAAGGAAGAGACUCAUAGAAUGGCAGAGGCAAAUAGAGCUUUUGCACAAAGCUUACAAAGUGAGGCAUUUUCAGGAGAACUUUGACAACAUAUGCAAAGAAAGUCCAGCUGCUGGUGAAUAUCUUAGGAAAGAAGAUCCAAGUACUUGGUUUAGGGAUUAUUUUGAUCCCCUUAGCUGUUGUGAGCAUAUGAAUAACAAUUUCUCAGAAUCAUUUAAUUCUAUGAGUUCUAAUAUGAGAGAUAAACCAAUAAUCCAACUAGGCAUGAUGUAUGGUCAGUUAGUAAUGGGUUUGUUAUUUAAGAGAAGGGAAGAAUCUUCUAAGUGGAAUCAAAAUGAUUUGGUCCCUGCUGCUGUUAAGUUGAUAAAUAAGAUGCUUGACUUGGUUGGGAAGUUUGAUACAGAAGGAAGUGUGGUUGGACAGACAAACAAUGCACUUGUUUGCAAUGGCAGCUAA